AUGGGCACACAUAGCUUGAAAGUUAGAUUAUACUGCUCGCCGGUAACUAAGGAAUUGCUGUUGACUAGCUGGAAAUACAAGUUUUGGGAGAAUCACAUUGUUGCAUUGGAAGUUGAAACUCCAACUCAGAUUUCUUUAGUGGAUGAAACAUCUGGUGAGAAAGAAGAUAUAGAGGUGACACUUCUGCCAGCUGGUCAUUGUCCAGGAUCAGUCAUGUUUUUGUUUGAAGGUGAAAAUGGCACUGUGCUGUAUACAGGGGAUUUCAGGCUUGCAAAAGGAGAAGCAGCCAGAAUGGAGCUUUUGCAUUCGGGGACCAGAGUAAAAGACAUCCAGAGUGUGUAUUUGGACACCACUUUUUGUGAUCCCAAAUUUUAUCAUAUACCAAGCCGGGAGGAGUGUUUAAAUGGGAUCUUAGAGUUAGUGCGAAGCUGGACCUCACUAACUCGCUAUCAUGUUGUGUGGCUGAACUGCAAAGCUGCUUACGGAUAUGAAUAUUUAUUCAUAAACCUCAGUGAGGAACUUGGAAUCAAGGUGCACGUGAACAAACUCGAUAUGUUCAGAAACAUGCCAGAAAUCCUCUGCCAUGUUACUACGGAUCGACACACUCAGAUUCAUGCCUGUCGACAUCCUCGGGAUGAUGACUGCUUUCGAUGGAACAGACUGCCCUGUGGGAUGACUUGCCAAAAAGGAACUCCCUUGCACAUAAUCAGCAUCAAACCCUCCACCAUGUGGUUUGGAGAAAGGAUCAAGAAAACCAACGUAAUAGUGAGGACUGGGGAGAGUACAUACAGAGCUUGUUUCUCUUUCCACUCUUCAUACAGCGAGAUUAAGGAUUUCCUAAGCUAUAUCCGUCCUGUGAAUGCGUAUCCCAAUGUACUGCCAGUGGGUGGGACAGAAGACAAAGUUAUGGAAAUAUUGAAGCCGUUAUGCAGGUCAUACAGGAGAAACAUGGAACCCAGGUACAAGCCCUUAGGAACACUGAAGAGAGUCCACAAGAGAGACUUAUCAGAUACAGACGAAGAUGAUCUCUUUGAUACAGAAUUAACUUCUGCAAGGCCUAAGAUUCCGAAAGAGCAGAGAGGAGAGAGCAGGCCCUCCAGCACAGAACAACCUGAAAAUGCUGAAGGAAAUAUUAGUGACAGCACAGAAAGUUACAAAGCGACCACAACUUACACCUCCUCCAAGGUAGACUUCAUAGACUGCGAGGAAUCAAAUGAUGAUGAUGAAGAUGAUGAAGAAGAAGAAUCUGAAAAAAAUGCAGUUCAAGUUCUUUCCCCUGAGCCAGAUGCCAGUUCCACAUCAAAUUUCAAUGGAGUCACUAGUGACCAACAGGAGUCCAAUGCCGACGUCCCUCGCUGGGAUGCAUUUUUUAAGUGUAACAAACUAGAAGAAAGCUCCGAAAACGAGGACAACUUCCCAUCUUCAGCAGAUGCUGGUGGGUCCCAGUCACUCUUCAGUGAUUUGGAUGGAGUAAGCGACUCGACGCACAUCUCCUCCCAAAAUUCUUCUCAGUCGACGCACAUAUCGGAGCAGGGGAGCCAGGGCUGGGAUAGCCAAAUGGACACAGUCCUCAUCACCUCCCAAGAGAGAAACGCCUUGGACUUGAGCUGCUUCGGCAAAGGUGGGAGCAGAGCGGUUGUUUCUGUAUGGCAGGAGACCGCCAAAGACAGUCAGCCUGACAACAGUAGGUGGAAGCCAGUGGGUCAAAAUAGAUCAUGUGCCGAUGACGUUGCCUGUGACUUGAAAAGCAAAGGCCGUGAGAAAGAUGCAGAAGCCGGCACUGCUCACUUCCAAGAUGUGCUGGUGGAAACGAGUGACAGCUCCAGGACUCCUGAUCUAGAACUGAGGAGGGACUCCCAGAGCUCCUCUGACUUCGAAAUUCCCUUGACUCCUGAUGCUGAAGUGCCUCGGCCAGAUAAACUGCACUGUUUAUAUAAGAAGCUAGCAGCAGGUGAAAGCAUACUCAAUGAGAAAAAAGUCUCCUGAAGACAGGUGUAACUGAUGAC